AUGGAGGACGCCGGCAAGGCUGCGGUGCCGCUGCUUACCUCUGCUCAGCAGCUGGGGGUGUCGGCCGAAGUCGCGGCCAAGGCGGCGGGGAGCGGCGCCGGCGGCUUUUGCACCCCGCUGCUCGGCGGCGGCGCGCCGUUUGGCGCCGCUGCCCAGCUGGCCGGCGCCGCAGACGCAGGCCAGGGUGACGUUGGCGAUGGGGAGGCGGCCAGCGGCCUGUUCGCGGGGCCCGGCUGGGGCGAGGGCGGCGUCCAGCCGCAGCCCGGCCCCCAAGGCGUUGCGGCCGGCGUGGUGUGCGGCGCGCGGCCCCAGGUUUGUGGCAUGGUGCUGGGCGGCUAUUACCCGGGCCUGCAGGGCGAGCUCAACGAACUUCGGCAGGCGGCGCAGGGCAAUGCGUCGUGGGAGCAAAUCGAGGACCCGCUGCUGGCAGCUGACAUGCUGUGCAAGGAGCGUGGACUGGAGGCGCGGGUGACCGCCGAGAAGCACCUGAUCAGGCUAGACACCAAGGCGGCCGCUGAGGCGAGCCUGCUGCCGUUCAAGCCCAGCGGGGUGGUGCUGGUGGACGUGCAGGACGCCCACGCCCCCAGGCAGGAGGUCCCCGACAAGAUUCACAAGCCCCGCUUGAGCAAGCAGCCGGGCCCACACUUUGGCCUGCGGCACAAGGCGGGGCGGGAGGAGCUGUGGUAUAGGUCUGGUGUCAAGCGUGAGCUGGUCCUGUGGAGCGUCGAGAUUGAGAUUCGAUACGUGGCCAAGGAACUGCAGCCCGCAGCCAACAGGGGCCACGGUGACGGCGGCGGGGACGGAGACGACGUCAACGACGACGAGGAGCUGGUGGUUGGCAAAUUCACGGCUGUGGGGCCUAAGCUGCUGGACGCAGCCAAGCGCGCUGCCUUCAGCCUGCUGGCCGGGAUGGCCGCAGGGACCCGCACUUUGCGGGACCCUCCUGCAUUCUGGCGCCUGGCUGACGCAUGCGACGACGAGGCGCAGCGCCUGGUCGAGGCGCAGCGCCGGAUGGAGGCGCCACAAAUGGCUGACACCCGGGGGCCUGGGACGGGCAAGAAACCGCGGCGCGCUCGCCAGUGA